AUGUGGAAGCAAAUAGCAACAAACAACGACAAUGAACUUGGAGUAAAAUUUUCAUUUAUCCAAGUUGAAAAUCGCUACAAAACCAUUUGUAAAAGAAAGAAAUUAGUAAUAAACAAUAAUAGGCAAACUGGCGCAUCUCGUAUGGAUGAUACAUUUGAAAGUGAAUGGAAUCAAAUUACUAAUAAUGACGAUAGCAUUCUACCGGAAAUUUUACGUAAUACUACAAAUGUUGUGAUAAAUAAAAAAGAUUUUGAAAACAAGCCUAAAAAAAUGAAAAAAGAAUUAUUAUUAGCAUUUUUAAAAGCAAAAGAAAUUCAAAAAGAAAGAAGACACCAGGAAAAAAUGGAAUUAAUUUAA